AGAGAGAGAGAGAGAGAGAGAGAGGGGAGGAUCGAAGGAGGGGCGAGGCGAGCAUAAAUCGUGACACUGCACCAACCAAUUAAAGGACACACCAAUUAGUGCCACACCCUCCCACAAGAUGGCACCUUGGCACUGCGCAGGCCCCCCCUCGAGACCCUGGGCGGUGCUGCUGGUGGUGGGGGUGGUUCUGGUGGGCGGGGGGGCGGGGGUGACGUGGGAGAAGAAGGGAGGGGGGUCUAACGUCACUCAAGAGCCUCUACCUAGCAAGGAGCAGCCCCGAGGUGCGAGAAUUCUAACAGACAACUCAUUCUCCUGUACCCGCUUCCCUCCUCCCUCCUCCUCCUCCUCUUCAUCCACUGCUACAGGCAGGGAGCAGCAGGAGAAGGUGAGGCGCCCGGUCGAGCUCUCCACCAGCCUGGGCGUGAUCGCGGGGGUACAGGAGCUCACGGAACAACCCUCAAGGCCCUUCUUCUCCUUCAGGGGCAUUCCGUUCGCCGAGCCUCCCGUGGGAAGGCUGAGGUGGACGGAGCCGAAGGAAACCAGUGGGCAGUGGACCGGUGGCUACCUGGACGCCACCCAGUACCGCCCCUUUUGUCCCCAGUUCGACCCCGACGCCCGGCAAGUGUUGGGCCAGGAGGAUUGUCUCUAUCUCAAUGUGCAUACCCCACUUCUGCCUAAUAGGACGCCCACGAAGCUCCCGGUGCUGGUUUUCCUUCAUGGCGGCGGCUACCUGAUGGGCGCUGCCUCUGCCCUGGGCCCCCACAAGCUGCUGAAAGAGGAUGUCAUUCUGGUAACAGUGAACUACAGACUUGGAGCGCUUGGAUUUCUCAGCACGCGGGACUCCACACUGCCAGGGAACUACGGAGCAUUGGAUCAGAUAGCGGCGCUGAAAUGGAUUCGAUCCUACAUUGCCCAGUUCGGAGGCGAUCCAACCCGAGUCACUCUGGGUGGGUUCUCCUCCGGCGCCUCCCUCGUCCACCUCCACCUCCUGUCCCCUCUUUCGAAAGACCUCUUCACAAGCGCCAUAAUGAUGAGUGGAUCUGCCAACUGCAUGUGGUCGGUGGCUUCCUACCCCGAAGACGCUGCUUACGAUCUGGCGAGCGACCUUGACUGCUCUUCGACCACGGUGUACAACAUGAAGGAGUGCCUCUUGGAUAAAACGGUCGAGGAGAUCGUGCGCGCCCAGGCCUGCAAGCAUCGUUACGUGUACUGGCCCAUGCUGUAUCGCCCCGUGGUGGACGCCGGAUUUCGCGACAACCCCUUCCUGCCUGAGCCCGUGGAAAAUCUGAUGACCCGCCCCCCGCAGCGCCCAGCCGUGCCCCUCCUGCUGGGUGGGGUGCCGAAAGAGGGUCUGCUGUACGCCCUCACCGCACUAGUCUUUUCCGAGGGAGGCAGGAGUGCGGGGGAGCUUUAUGACGAGGCUGCCCUUUACACGGUGGAGUCCCUUUGGCCAAACACCUCCACUGCUGCUGACGUGGCCGAGAUCGCCGCGUCCUUCUAUUACUCCAGCCACGCCCGACGCGACCUCAACGUGCUGGCGGAGGAGAUGACGGAGGCCUUCACCGAUCUACUGUAUACCUCAUGCAUCUGGGACGCCGCCCAACACUACGCUGCCAACGCCCGGACGCCCGUCUACACGUACUUAAUGGAGCACCACGACCCCGCCUCGCCCUCCUACACGGCGCCGCUCUUCCUACCUGCCGAGGGCGCUGGCGUGGGGCGGACGGCGCUACUCUCGGGGGCCUCGCACGGGGAUGACCUCGCCCUGCUCUUCUCGCUGCCCUACCGCUUGGGAUCCCCGGGCCCCCGUGACCUCCAGAUGUCCAUGCUACUGACCGGGAUGUGGGCGGCCUUCGUGCAAACAGGAUCCCCCCACGGAAGGGACACCCGCCCGCUGCCGCCCUGGGAACCCCUGAGCCCCGGCGAGCCCGUCCUCUACUACAGGCUAUCCUUCACCCCCGCCAUGUCCUUCACGCCCUUCAGGAACAAGGAGCAGAACUUGUGGCGUCAAACUUUACGUCAUGUGGAUUCAAGCUCCGAGGUGUCGUAUGCAUUUACUGUGGCGACGUGGGUGCUGCUGGCCCUGGUAGUGCUGCUCCUGGUGGUGGUGGUCGUGGUGUGCGUGAGUGUGUGGGUGGUGCGGAGACAGGACCAGUACCCCAGUGGCUCCCUGACCCUCCGACAAAGGAUUUCCCGCAACCCUUCCAUCACGACCUAUAAUGGCUGAGUCACAUCUAGUGUUCUUGCCAAUUUCAAAGUGCCAUUGUAAUCCGUACUCAUAUUACAAAAGGAAAGACUGGAAAAUGGAGUUGGUUUAAAAAUGAAAUAUUGGCAAAAUAAUGUUUCAUCAUUAGUCUUUAUUUUAACAAAGCUUCAUUUUCAUGCCUAAGCACCAAUUUUUGUCUUUUAAUGUAUGUCAUAGGAAGGGUGCAUAUAACUAACAAACACACCCUAACUUAGGCCCUUCAUAGGUGCUAAUGCUUCAAGGGUGAGCUUAUAUACUAACAAUUUUGACUGCCAAAAGGACUUGGCUUUAAGUUGUAUGGAGUAUUAUUAGCAUAGCUUCAUCUACUAUACUGUAAAGGAAAUGAAAGUAACAUAUAGAUGCUUGUCUGUUAACUAUGCUCAUAGAUAUCUUGCAGGGUGACUGACAUCUAGACAAUUAAAUAUCACCACAAUUGGCUCUGCAGGUGGUGAGGAGAAUGGUGAUAAGCGAAUUAUGGCACAGCUCAUUCUAAUAACUUUGUGGAAGGGAGGCAGUGAGGGCUAGAUAAAAGAAAAUAAAGAUGCCUGAAUUAUACUGCUCCUUCGAUGCAACAUGGAAGAAACUGCUACGAAUGAUGUAUUUCAGCGGUCUUGAUACUCCUCUUCUUUAAAGAUAAUGACUGCAUGUAUUGCAUAGCCAUAAUGUAUAUAACGCUCUUCCUGUACUUUGAGGCAAAUGACCCAAAGAUAUGUAUGUUUACACAGCUUGUGAGUUGAAAAGAAAUUAUUGCUGUAUUUCAAUACUUUAAUUUCUGGUAAUGUACAAGUUUUGGCAAUAUACUAGUCUUCUUAGUGACUGCCAAAUAAAUAUCACUAUGUACAAUGAUUUGUACACCACAUAACUUCUUUACUGAAGAGUUUAUAUGUAAAAUAAAUCCAGCUUACA